UGACGUCACUGCGAAGUGCGUCCCAUGUAAUAUCCGCUCAAAUGGGGUAAUGGGCUGCGGCGCGGUUGUUGGCGUGGUGUUGGUGUGAGCGUGGAGAGCUUCUGUAUCUCGUACCGCUCGUUUCUUCCCUGUUCAGGUUGCUGAUGAUGUCCGGGUUGGUCGUUUGAUUGAUUAUGUGCAGUAAGCAGAGCGUUGUUUGUUCUUGAGUGUGUACAGUAUGUUCUGUUUGUUUCGUUUGUAGCAGUAAAUGUGGCAUCGCGGUCGCUGACUUGUGAUAUGGUGAUAUGGUCUAAUAUAGGAAACAUUGUGAAUGUUUUAUGUGAGUGUAUAUAUUUUUUUAAAAGUGUACAACUAAUUGAAAUGUAUGUUGUAAAUGUGAUUUGUUGUAUAUUUUAAAUUUUGUAUGAAUGUAUGUAUAUUGAACAUGUAAUUGUUUUGGCAGACUUAUCUGGCGGCUGAUUGCGUACUAGACCACAGUUUUCCCCAGUAUUUAGUUUAUGUAUGAUUGUAUGAGUUUUGUUUUGUUGAUUUUGUUAUGUGAGUAGUUUAUUAUUAUUUGUUUAUUUUAUUUGGCUGCUUGUACUAGAUUACACAGUAUCUCAGCUAUAAGAGGAUGGCGUGAUGCAGUGAUAACACUGUAAGUCAAUCUGUUUGAUGGUUGUGUAUUAUAUUAUAUAUAUUGCAUGUGUGGAUGUUUGACAAGAUUUCAUGGUUGUACUAGAAAUAGCUGAGGCUGUUACUUCCAGUCUAAGACUUUCAGUCCAAGUUUUGCUUGUAUUUUGUGUAUGUUUAUUUUGUUUUGUAUCUUGUUGAUAUUUUUAUUUAGUUGUUUAUUCAUUGGUUGUAUAGUUUUAGGAUGACGGGCUUGUGUGCAUAUACUGUAUAUAUAUAUAUAUAUAUAUAUAUAUAUGUAUAUAUGUAGAGAAUAUAAGUGAACUUGACUCAUUUUUUUUAAUGUACAGGCACACUUUUAAGGUACAGUGUGAUUUGUGACUCAACAAUCCACACAUUUCAUGGAGAGAUCGAGGCAGUGGCACACUGGCAAGAUAAUUUUUUUUUUAUUUACUGAAGUCAAUUCAAAGGCAGUAUGUCUUGUUUGCAAAAAAGCAUCUAUUUUCUGCAAUAAUUGCUAAAAGUGGAAGAUCCUUCUCUGCUGGAGAGUUUGUCAAAGAAUACCUUGCAGUGGCUGCAGAAACAGUGAGAGCACCGAUAAAUCUGAUUCCACACAGCUGGUUUAUUUUUAUGUGGAUGAAACGAACAUUUUGAAGUGAUGGCUGGCUGGCUGGCAUCGACACUCUGUCUGGUACCACAAAAGAAGGGGAUCUUUUUUUUCUUUUUUCUUUUUUUUUUGCUGUUAAAAGAGUGUUGAAAGAGAAUAAAUUAAAGAUUAAAGUGAGAAAAUAUGGCUGGCAUUACAACUGAUGGAGCCCCGGCAAUGGAACAAGAUGUGUUCAGGAGAGAUAUACCAGAAAUAUUGUUUCCUUCUCGACUGAUAGACAUGUCUCUCAAACGCAUGAAGAGAGAUUGGGUUAUUCCUCCUAUCAAUGUGGCAGAAAACUCAAGAGGGCCUUUCCCAAUGAAACUGGUCAUGAUCCGCUCAGAUAAUGAUGAGAAGGUGAGUUUGCGGUACAGCGUGACGGGCCCCGGGGCCGACCAGCCACCCACUGGAGUCUUUUCCAUUGACCCCAUCUCAGGACAACUAAGCGUCCUAAAGCCUCUGGACCGAGAGCACAUGCCCAGCUUCAAUUUGAGGGCACAUGCGGUGGACCUGAAUGGUAAUCAGGUGGAAAACCCCAUUGACAUCACGAUCAACGUUAUUGACAUGAAUGACAACCGACCAGAGUUCAUCCAGCAGAUCUGGAAUGGAAGCGUUCCUGAAGGCUCUAAACCAGGCACAUCAGUAAUGACAGUGACUGCAGUGGACAAGGAUGAUCCCAAAACUAUUAACGGGCAGCUGCGGUACAAGAUUGUGUCUCAGAAUCCCGACAGCCCCAGUCCAAACAUGUUCACCAUUAACAACAGGACAGGAAGUAUCAUCACCGUUGCUGCUGGGCUGGACCGAGAGAAAGUGCCGCAGUACACACUGAUUAUUCAAGCCACUGACAUGGAAGGAAAUCCCAUGUACGGUCUUUCUAAUACAGGCACAGCUGUUAUCACUGUCACAGACAUCAACGACAACCCUCCAGAGUUCACCACGGACACCUUCUUUGGCGAGGUACCAGAGAACCAGGUCAACAUUAUUGUGGCUAACUUGACGGUGACGGACAAAGACCAGCCCAACACAGCAGCGUGGAACACUAUCUACAGGAUAACAGCGGGUGACCCUGCGGCUCAUUUCUCUGUGCCCACUGAUCCGGUUUCUAACAAAGGCCUGGUGACUGUCGUCAAGUCCAUUGACUAUGAGAUCAACAGAUCAUUCGUGCUGACAGUGGUGGCAGUAAAUGAGAUUCCUCUUGACAAAGGCAUCCGUCUGCCCCGUCAGUCCACAGCCACCGUCUCCAUCCGCGUCACAGAUGUCAACGAGAGCCCUUAUUUUGAACCCAACCCAAAGCUGCUGGAACUGCAGGAGGGUCUGCCGGCAGAGUCUGUGAUCGCUACCUUUACUGCUCAGGAUCCAGACCGCUUCAUGGAGCAGAGCCUCAGGUACAGCACGCUGUCUGACCCUGCAAACUGGCUGAGAAUUGAUCCCAUGAAUGGAGACAUCACAACCACUGGUGUUUUAGACAGAGAGUCUCCAUUAGUUCAAAACAACAUCUACACGGCUAUGUUUCUUGUCACUGACAGCGGAAUUCCUCCGGCCAGCAGCACUGGUACUUUGCAAAUCCUUCUUCUGGAUGUCAAUGAUAAUGCUCCUGAGGUUUUCCCACCAGAGACGGUAAUGUGUGAAAAACCUGAGAACAAUGGCAUUAACAUCACAGCAGUGGAUGCAGACCUUGAGCCCAACACUGCACCCUUCUCUUUUGAGCUUCCCUUACAACCCAUUGAUGUUAGGAAGAACUGGACGAUCACGCGUCUCAGCGGUGAUUAUGCACAACUGUCUCUUAAAAUUGACUUUUUGGAGAAUGGAAUCUACAAGAUUCCCAUUAUAAUCACAGACUCUGGUAACACGCCAUUGUCCAGCACCUCCUAUCUGCGGGUGAAGGUCUGUCAGUGUGAUCUCAAUGGGGACUGCAUAGAUCAGGAGCGCAUCAUGUCCGCUGGGCUCAGCACAGGAGUAAUUAUUACCAUCCUGCUCUGUAUCAUCACCCUCCUCAUCCUUGUGUUGUUGUUCAUUAUGUGGAUGAAAAGGAGAGAUAAAGAACGACUGGCCAAACAGCUGCUGAUUGACCCAGAGGAGGACAUCAGAGACAACAUCCUGAAAUAUGAUGAAGAGGGAGGAGGGGAGGAAGACCAGGAUUAUGACCUGAGCCAGCUGCAGCAGCCAGAUACAGAGACCGAUGGCAUCAGGCCCUUUGGCAUCCGCAGAUUGGAUGAGAGACCUCUGUAUCCUGAGCCCCAUUACCCUGUCAGAUCAACCGCACCUCAUCCUGGAGAUAUUGGAGAUUUCAUCAGUGAGGGUCUAAGGGCUGCUGAUAAUGAUCCUACUGCUCCACCGUACGACUCGCUGUUAGUGUUUGACUAUGAGGGUAACAGCUCUACUGCAGGAUCACUCAGCUCCAUCAACUCCUCCAGCAGUGAUGGAGACCAGGAUUACGAUUACCUCAAAGACUGGGGUCCCCGCUUCAUGAAACUAGCUGACAUGUAUGGUGGCAUGGAUGAAUGAAAGACAAGAAGAGAGGAAUUCCACAGCUUUUUUCCUUAUUUCAGAUGACAGCUGCAGAAAUGGGUUUUAAAGUAUCAAUACAAGCAAACACAACAUCCCAAGGCUGAAUGUCAAUAGUUAACUCAAGGCUUAAAGUAAUAGUUAUGCAUAUAUGCUUGUGGAACGCUUUUAGAGUAUGAUACUCUGUUACACUUGAACUGUACAGUAUAGAAGCACAGGUCUUUAAUGUGCCUUUUUGUACAUUCUUGGGAUCUGAAUGAUUUAUGUUCAAGGCUUUAAUUAUACUGAUUUAAGGAGUGUUUCUGAAAUUUAAGAAUGUGUUAAUCUAUGAUCAAAUGAUUAUGCUUUUCUCUUUUUCUUAACUGUUUUGCAAAAGGAUUAUUUAACUUUCUUUUUUGCACAAAAUGAAGAUUCAUUGGUAGAACAAAUUGUAAGACACUACAAUUCACUAGAUUCUAAGGAUAUUUUGUUCAACCACAAUUUAACAUAUGCACAUAGUUUGAAAUAAAAAAAGAUAACCGAAA